UCAAAAUCUGGAUUAAAAUGUUCACACUUACAAACCUAUAAUGUGUCACUACUGUCCGCUUUCAAAGUCAGACGUCGACAACACGUUGCACAUGACCACCUGAGCGGUGUAUAUCAUUAGUGAUGGAGUGAUGGAGGCUGUAGCUCACCGUGCUGGAUGUAACUUAGCUGUAUGUAGCUGUGUGUCGCUGUAUGUAGCUGUGUUAGCGUUAUGUUGAAUGCUACAUGCCGCAGUGAAGCGGAUAUGUGGCAGCUAGCUGGGGUUAGCCUGUAGCUCACUUCGUGUCUGGACCUCCAUGAUAGCCAGGUGUGAGUUCAGUGAGGCAGCGGUGGUGACAGCAGACCGACCUAACCCAACCACCGGCGCCCAGGGAGCCUUGCCUUUGUUUACCUGUUUCUCAGGUAAGAAGUGAGCAGGGGGCAGGGGGCAGGGCCACGAGGUAGGAGGGAUGCCUGUGGAGGGCGGAAGCAGCAGCGGCUCUGCUUCGGCUGCCCGUCACCCCAAGCAGAAGCGCAAGGCUCACAGUUUAUCUAUCCGGCGCACCAACAGCACAGAGGAGAGGCCCCCAGGCAUCCAAAGAGGAGACAUGCUGGAGGGACAGGACUCCAAGCUGCCCAUCUCCUUACGGAACAACCUCCUUGACCUUUUUGGUCAGAUUGAGCGCGAGUUUGAAAAUCUCUACAUUGAAAACCUUGAAUUACGCCGGGAAAUUGACUCUCUGAAUGAGCGCCUGACCGGAGAUGGACAGACUAUUGAGGGAGGAGACCCCACCAAGGGAGCUCUGAAAACAAAAGCCAGCCACAGCACCAGUCAGCUGUCACAGAAGCUGAAGACGACCUACAAAGCCUCUACCAGCAAGCGCUUGUACACUUUCCACGGCAAAAUAGGUGGACCUCGCAACUUCAGUGUGGCCACAUGGGAGUUGUGGGGAGGAGAUUCAUGGAUCGUGUCCAGUUUUAAAGCCACCGCGGGGUCCCGGGCUUUGUGCCAGCUGCUCAAGGAGUAUGUGGGCCACCGGGACGGGAUCUGGGACCUCAGCGUCACCCGGAAUCCGCCAGUGGUCCUCGGCACCGCCUCCGCAGAUCACUCAGCUCUGCUAUGGAGUAUAGAGACUGGGAAAUGUCUGCUGAGGUAUGCUGGCCAUGCAGGAUCAGUCAACUCCAUCAAGUUUCACCCCACAGAGCAGAUGGCCCUUACAGCCUCUGGGGACCAGACGGCUCACAUCUGGCGCUACAUGGUGCAGCUUCCAGCCCCCCAGCCACCGCCAGAUGUCAGUGCUCUAUGUGAUGACGACCAGGACUCGUCAGACAGGGAAGAAGGGGAGGUAGAUGGCGAGGGCCCUUGCGAGGUCCCAACUGUCCGGCUUGCCACAGCAACCCUGAAGAGCCACCAGGGUGUAGUGAUUGCAGCUGAUUGGUUGGUGGGGGGCCGACAAGUGGUGACAGCUUCCUGGGAUCGUGCUGCAAACCUGUACGAGUUGGAGACGUCUGAACUGGUUCACACGCUCACUGGACAUGACCAGGAGCUGACCCACUGCUGCACCCACCCCACCCAGCGCCUGGUGGUCACAUCAUCCAGGGACACCACCUUCAGACUGUGGGACUUCAGAGACCCGUCCAUCCACUCUGUCAAUGUCUUCCAGGGACACACUGACACGGUAACGUCGGCAGUGUUCACGGUGGGUGACAAUGUGGUUUCCGGCAGUGACGACCGCACUGUCAAGGUGUGGGAUUUGAAGAACAUGAGGUCGCCUAUAGCAACCAUCCGCACUGACUCAGCUGUGAACAGGAUAAGCGUCUCUGCCAACCAGAGGAUCAUCGCUCUGCCACACGACAACCGCCAAGUCCGACUGUUUGACAUGAGCGGAGUGAGGCUGGCCAGACUCCCUCGCAGCAACAGAAUGGGUCACAGACGAAUGGUGUGCUGUACAGCGUGGAAUGAAGAGAACCAGUCGUGCAACUUGUUCACCUGCGGCUUCGACAGACAGGCCAUCGGCUGGAACAUCAACAUCCCCGCCCUCCUGCAGGAGAAGUGAUGCCACUGCCGCACACACACAGAAACACACAGUAGAGAAGGAGGCGGUACACAAACACUGUAAUCUGUGGCCUCGCACAUGCUAGCAUGUUGGAAGUGUUUACCCCGUGAAGCAUUUUAGUCAUCAUGUCACUGAUUUCCAGCUGCUGGAUUGUGUGAGGGAAAAAAAAGUUAGUGUUGCUUUUGACGAUGCAGCUGUUCACAUGGAUUGACAGGAGCACAUCCCCCAGAUGAAUGACUCAUUUAUUGCGCAGUUGAAACCUGCAGGAACAUCUCCCGGCGUUAAGUGACGGACACGGUUCCAACAUUUUCAAAGUGUGUACGAGGCCACAGAGCUGAUCUCCUGUAUUUGACCCUUUCACCUAUUUAGCAUGAAUCGUGAAUUGUGACAUGGCUAGACUGGUCCUUUUACUCCUAGCCUUUUCUGUUUUAAAGUGUGUAUAUAUAUAUAUAUAUAUACACAUAUAUAUAUAUUUGACUCCACAGUCACAGGCUGCUGUUCACAUCACUGUUGUUUAGUUACUGCUGAAUGGUUGCUCGUGCAUGUAGAUAAACCCGUUUUGCGAAUGUUACUUGUAAAGGUGUGUGAGAACAAUUAAAAGGCCAGAGUUUGUAGAAUAUGAUAUAAAGACGCUAUGUAUAUAUAUUAUGUCGUGGCCUCAUUAAGUGACCUGUGUUGCAGGUUGUUGCUGUGUCUUACAGUCGUCUACCCUUUGAUGGUGGAGUUUGACAGAGAUAACGUUGUUCUGUGAAAUGUUUUUAUCCUUUUAGUGAAUAUUUCUUAUCAUGGAACAAAACAUAUCAUAUUGAGGCCUGCCAGAUCAGCUGUGCAGCAUGCAGGCUGCGGGGUCCUUCAGUUGUCUUAAAAUGUAUCCUGUGUGACCGUUUUCACUCACUGAGGUUUGAGUCCUUGCCUGUUACCUUUGAUGCUUUCAAUUCACAGCCAGCCUCCAGACUUCCAGAUUUUUGUUUCGUCAAUAUUUCAGACUUAUGAUACUGUAACUCUGCCUUGUUCCAUGUUUACAGUAGGAUUUCUUUUUAAAAGUAUUACUCUAUUCUGCCUCUCUGUCAAAAUGCAAAGUGUCAAGAGCAUAGCAAUAAUGGGAAAACAACUGCACUUCUGUUGUUCACAAAUCUCUUGUAGGUCUGUGAAUGGGAUGUGUUCAGCGUUAUCAUAAUCUAGUGUUACAGGUUUAGGUGUCAGUACUUUUAGCCAUAAUAUGCGCCCAUAUUUACUUGCGUCAGUGAAAUACAGACCAAUCCUCUUCAGCCCGUUGCCAACCUAGAGCCCUGUGUUGCUGUAAUGUGUUAUUCCCAAGUGAACUUGUUGGUUACUGGUUAUUUUCUGUGCUUCAGUAACAGCCUGUCAAUAUGAAGUUAUCGUGUUUACACUUUGCAUUGAACCCAUAGUGUGACCUCUUGCACCUUUUGUUGUAGAUGGCGCUUUGCAGUCUGUGAGAGGCACUCUUUAUACCAAAUACAGAAGCAAUAACUCAGCUCUUCUCUGUUUCUGGUGCUCAGAGUGAAGCCCGUUGCUGUCUUGGAAAUCAGUGAAUAUGACUUGAAAUGCGCACUGAUUCUCAGUUUGAGAAGUAUAACUAGAAUUGGGCUUGAACGAAAUCCAGGAGGCUCUGUGUUACAGUUGUGCAAUAUCCUAAAAUGAAGUCAUGCUGUAGUUUGUAUCUUCAGAUGUUUAACUUAUUUCAUUGCUGUAAAUUCCAUUAAAUGAUCUUAUGUACUCGUGUGGCUGGUGUUAGAUGUAGCUCAGUGUACAUAGGUAUGCAUAACUUACCCAAAAGUUGGCUUCAGGCUACACACUCUCCCGCUGUUUCUACCAACAAUAGAGUCAGGAUGGAAUCUGAAGUAGCAUGAACCUAAAAAUGUAAUAAACGUAUUUAAAUGCCUUACCAUUGCAUUGAAAAUGGUGCAUUAGCCUUAUCCAUCUGAGCAUCAAUGCACUUUUCCAAAUGCUUGUUAAAUAACUAAUUGUGUUCCACUGCACAGUGCAGAUAUGAUUUUCAUUCCUGCUUCAUUCAGGGAAUUCAAUCUCGCGCCCACUGAUAUCAAUGUCAUUUUAAUCUGCAGGUAGAAAGGCAAGUCCGAUUUGCACCCCACAUGAAUUCUGACUUGGAGGAAAUAUGAUUUUGGAUUGAUACAUUAAAUUAUUGUGUGCCAGAUUGGAGGGGUAAAAAAGUGGAUAGGCUUCGCUUCAUUGUAGCGACUCAUAUUCACCUCAAACUUCAUUAUGUGAUCUACUUUGCAUACUUUAUUGUGACGGGUACGUGCUCUCUGACACUUUCCAAUAAAAACGUGUGAUUCCUUUUCCUGGC